UCUUGGGCUUUGAAGAGGAAAAAGAAAACACUUAACGUACAGAUGGACAGAUUUGUAAACAUAGCAGUUCCCAAAAAACUGUCUGAGGUUUCUGCAGCUACAGAUAAAGUUUCUUUUUCUGGCUUUGAAGGUGUUGCUGCUGUGGAAGAGAAUCUGAACAGCGAGCUGAUGAACGAAGACAUCCGUAUCCAUAGCUGGCCUUGUUCUUACUACUUGGACACCAACAAGCAAUGGGUCUCUGGCAGACUCUCACUGACGCCUGUUGCGAUCAAAUUUACAGCUGACAAGACUGGGGAGGUUUUGGUCAACUUCCAUCUUUCUAGUAUCAGUGAGAUCAAGAAGGAAUCGUCAAAUUUAAUUUUCAGCUCUCUUACCAUCUUGGAGAAGAACACCAAGCACUGGUUCAGUUCUUUGCAGCCCAGCAGAAAUGCGGUGUUCAACAUCCUUGAGCACUUCUGGAGGGAGCAGUUGCUGUCAAGUGAAGGCACAGGAGCAGAAGCAGCAGCCUUGCAUACAACAAAAGGAAAGGAACUGACUGGGUUAUUGACUGGGUCGCAGAAACGGUUGGAGGAUACAGCAAAAGUGCUACAUUACCAGGGCGAGCAGUUUGAUAACAUCAUGAGAGGACUCAACAAGAUUGAAGGGGAUAUGGAUGUGGCAGACAGGCUGUUGACAGAACUUGAAUCUCCUUCUUGGUGGCCAUUUAGCAGCAAGCUCUGGAAAGCACCAUUGGAAACGAAGCCAAAGGAAACUGCCACAGUUUCCGAUUUGAAGAACCAGGAAGGAAUCAUAAUUAGAAUUCCAGUUAUUAUCACCCACAGAACAGACUCAAAUGUGAAGCCAGGAAAACUCACGCUCUUCGCUUCUGGCCUGGAAAUCAGUGACUGCAAUUCUCAGGUCAUUCACCGGUUUGAAUCAAAGGAUGUGGAUGAUAUCAAAGUUCACACACCGUAUGAAAUCAGUGUCCGUCAGAGGUUUAUUGGGAAGCCUGACACCUCUUACAGGCUCUUGUCAGCAAAGAUGCCAGAAGCAAUCUCUGUCUUAGAGAUGCAGUUUAGCAAGAAGAUACAGUUUUUAGAAGAUGCUCUCGGAUUUGUUGGUGCCAGGAAGUCUCCUCAGGUAGAUUUUGGCACCUCCAUUUGGCAAGCAGCCACAGGACUCCUGGGAGGAGUGGUGCAGCCCAGCUCUCCAGUGGGAGGCAGAGAGGGAACGGACAGUGACCAGGUUCAACUGCAGAAGCAUGAGAAGAUCUCUCAGGAGGAGGCAAAAGAGCUUAAACAGAUACUGAAGAAGUUGAAGAGCCUUGCAUUGGAGACAGAAGCAGAACUGGAGAGACAGGACGAAGCUCUGGAUUCCAUCACUACCUCCGUCGACCGUGCGACGCUGAAUAUCGACAAGCAGAACCGCAGAAUAAAGAAACUGACGUAGCACCCAUAGGAACCAAUGGGGAUGGCAUCACGAGGAAGAGGGGAUCAGGGAAUUGUGGAAUUGUCUUUUUAAAGACUGUUUCUGUAUGGACGCUUUGUGUGGGAGCUGCUUGCGAUGUUGUCUGGAGUGUGGUACGGUUGAUGUCAAGUUUCUGAGAGUUCUGAACAUGUCUCCAGACUUGGAUGAUGAUGGUUGGCUGUUUUAGGAUGAAAAAGGCCAAAUCUUUUAAUCACAGUGAAACAAUGAUAGUGGAUUCUUGACUACAGAAAAUCUGUAAAUACAAAGGGAUUUCAUCUGAAUGAACUUUUAUGCUGCUUCUUACGUUGUUGCUUUUGAAAGGUUUGUUGUUGUUUUUUUUUGUUUGUUUCAACAAAGAAGGGAGAAAUGAACUGCAUGUGAGACUACUUUAGAUGAUUACAACCUAUUAAUUCUCUAUUUCUUGCAAAUAGUUAAUAGCUGAACUGAGGGCCAGAUGUCCAACCGCAAGUCAUUGAGGCUUUUUUGUGUGUGUGUGAGUUAAUGCUGAGGUGAGCAAAUGAUGGUGAUAAAACUUUGUGUUCACUGAACGAGUAGUUUUAAUAAAUUUCAAACGUAUUUUUAAUGUGCUCAGAAAUUUUAUAAGAAUAAUGAAGGAUUAGUGGCCACAGCUGUUGUGCCAUGUUCAGGGAAAUCAAGGGAAGAAUUUUAGUUAAUAUGCAUGCACUGGUACAGACACUGACUUACUGAAGCAUUUCUUUCCCAUUGGAUGAAUAUUUUGCUUACUUACAAGAAGUAAGUGUCAAAGUUAAAUAUUUGCUGCUUCUUUCCAAAGAGGGAUUGCUGAUCUUGAUGAACACCUACACCUUUUGCUUUAUUUUUCACCUUUGUACCUCAGAAUUAAUGAAGGAAUUGAUUCUGGAGUGAAGGAAGGUAUUUUUUCAUGGAUGGAUUUAUUCAGUGCAUCUCUUGUAGUUUGCUGUGUGUAUUGCUCUCUUGCACACAGUGGUUUUGUAUUUUUGAUAAUGGUCUGAGGGAUUCAGUGUCCUCAGAACAUCAUGAACAUAGCAUUCACUUAGUGUGGUGCCUGCUUACUUUGUUGGACCUGGGCUGCCACGUCUCAUGGAGGCUAGUGGAAGGCAUCUUGUAUCUUUGCAUCUCUACCUUCAGUUUCCAGGAAUCUCCCAUGCACUUUUCUCUGACUCUAAAUGGAACCUUCAUGUGUUCUGGGGGGCAUCGUUUGUUUUUUGUGCAUCUGCUCCACAUUCAUAGGUUGAGAGGCCAAUGGCUGGAACCACAGGCACCUGCAUAUCAUUUGGCUGUUGUGCAUCUGUCUGCCUUCUGAUUAUUAUUUAUUUGCACUAACUGGUGAUGAGACAUUUCAAGACUUCUUUUACUUCUACAUUUCUAAAAUAAAAGGGAAUAUUGCCAAUAGUUUUCUAGUAGAUUUUGUUUACAGUCAGUUCCACUGAGUCUACAGGACAGCAGAGAUGUUUUCCUAACUUACUGGAUACUGUAUUGGAGGGAUUCUAGGUAAUGCAGCCUAUAACAGACUAUUUGAAAGGCAGGAUUACUUUUCACCUCCUAUUUCAUUGAAUCCUGCUGUUGGCAAGCUAUUUUCAUUCAAAAUAGCUGUUGUAAUCUCUUCUUUUUCUCCCCCAAGUGUUUUUGUAUUAAAAAUAUCUUCUUGUAUUGCUCUCAAAUACAACCUGUAAUAUUUUUAAGUAGUGAAGCUUUGAACUGUUUAUUCUGAUAGCUGAUGUGAAAAUUUCCUGUUUCAGAGUAAUUCAGCCUACUUUAUAAAGAAAUGCAGAGUAGAUCCCGUAGAGUAUGUUGUUUUCGAGACCUUACUCUACCUUGUUUUGUAUUGCUUCAUAUUAGCUUAUUAGUAUUGGAGGAAGUCGUGCUUCUGCACUGCAAGUCCUUCAUUUACAGUCAAAGUUGUUACUGGCACGCACUUUACCUAUUUGCUGAAUAUAUAUACAUACACUGUGUAGUGUGAAACAAAGUAUUGUCUGGGAUUCUCUUUUUUUGUUUGUUUCUGAUACCUAAAUCACUGUUGUUUUACUGUGAAAGUAUGUUUACAUAACUAUGUCAUGAAUUUAAAAAUACACCUUUGCACAAAAUAUAUAUUAACUGACCCUGGUGCUGACUGGGAAUGGAUCUGUACACUGAAUUAGUUUAGAUCAAGACUGCCAAAAGCAAAUGCUAAUUACACAACAUUUAGCUUAGCAUUCUUUGUGCCAUAUUUUUACUGAUGUAAUUUUUAUCAUGAGCUGUUGCAUCUGAUACCAUAUCUGUGAUUUGUGUUAGUCUGUGUCCAUGCUAAAACAAAAUUGUAAUAUGGUUUGUAAGUAGUGACCCAUUCCAGAAAUGUACAUUGACCUCCUAGCUGAGUUUCAAAUGCCUGGAGGAGUUUCACUCUGUAAUUUAUUAAAUAUAUUGGA